AUGGAAAGAAAUGUUAUGAAUGUAAUGACUGUGGUAAAGCCUUUAAGAAACAACAGAAGUCUACUCUUGCUGAACAUCAGGGAAUUCACAUUGGAGAGAAGCUUUAUGAGUGUAAUGAAUGUGGAAAGAGUUUCAGACAGAAGAUCCACACUGGAGAGAAACCUUAUGAAUGUAAUCAAUGUGGAAAGACUUUCACACAGAGCUCCACUCUUGCCCUACAUCAGAGAAUCCACACUGGAGAAAAACCUUAUGAAUGUAAAGAAUACCCCCAAAGGCCGCCCUCCACCUCCUGACGGACUGUCUCGGGCCCUACACGCUGCAGGGCCCGCCGGCCUUGGUAGGAACAUUUGGGUGACAGGCUUAAGAUCCCGCUUCCUCAAGGAGAGCCUCUCCAGCGAUUGCGGGAAAGAGGAGAGAAUUCCCGGGUUCUCCCCUGCGGGGACCUCCAUCCCAGGCCCUGCUUAG